GGAAGGAAGGAAGGAAGGAAGGAAGGAAGGAAGGAAGACUUUUACUUCUAAAUAAAAAUGCCCACUUACUCAACUUCAUCUCUGCUCAUAUUUUAUGUGCUCUUUGUUAUACAUCUUACCGUACAUGAAGAGAAACCCAGCAUGGCCCAUGAUAAAAAAAAAAAUACUGAAUUCAACCAGGGAAAGCGAGAUAUAUGUUGCGUUAUUUAAAGUUUAUCUAUUAAAGUUUACAAAAAAAAUAUGUGUGGUACAGUCUUAUGCCAGCUAAUCAGUAACUUUUCCUGUAUACCUUAGGAUACAAAAAAAAAAAAAAAAAAAAAAGAGGGAAGAAGAAAACGAGGCAAAAUAAAGGAGAACAAAGCUAUCAGGAAAAUAAAAAGCAAGUAGGAUGUUAUCUAUAAAAAUAUUUAGCCCAACCUUAAAACAUACAGUUAAACCUUGACUCUGCAGAACUAUAUUGAUCAGUCUAUCCAUUACAUCGAUGGACAAUCAGAAGCAGAAAGCAAUGGAAAUUCACUGAAUGACUUUGAGGCACUCUUUUUUAGAUUUAGUUGCUUCACAGGGAUGAAGAAGAAUGUCGGAAGGAUAAAUGGAAAGGACAUCUUCCUGUAAGGUAUCUUAUGAUCCUAGAGAACAGAGGAGAUAUAAACCUUACAAACAUUGAAAAUAGAUCUGAUCAAGGGAAUGGAGCAAUUAUUCCCUUGGCAUUUUUAUCAGCUAAUUUCAGCUCUCUUCCUAGAGUCUCCUGCUCGAGCAAGGGGUUGGACUAGAAGACCUCCAAGGUCCCUUCCAGAUCUAUUCUGAUUCAAAUCACUUUUAAGUGGCCCACUUCUUACGGGAUCUUCCCUACCAGCCCUUCCCGGCUGGCAAAUUGCAGCUCUUAAAUUUUACAUCCAAACACCAGAAAACGGCGUUAAAUAUUUAUUCUCUCUCAGUCAAAGCUGGAUGAAUGUUAUCUUCGAGGAAAUUAUUGCCCCCGCUUGCAACUUCUUUGGGGUUUUUUUUGGCUUCCAGAUUUGCUUUUGGGAGCUUCUCUUAACUGCAAAUGGUUCCUUGCAUGCACAAGAUUGUGCGAACACAGGCACACACACACAUACCCCACUCAGACAGGGGUCAGGAGAGGACACGGAAAUCAUUACUUCUUUAAAAUAAGCAAGCCGGGAGAUACUGUCUUCAGAUAUUCAGCAUCUCUGUUCAAAGUGAAGAAGGGGUGUUGAAAUAAAGCUGCAUUCCAAAUUCUGAGAAACAUGUUUCUCCUGGCAGAGAACGGAGAUUGAGAAAAAAAAACCAUGCACACAAUGCGCAUGCGCACACACACACACACACACACACACACACAACCAACAACAGAAACCACCAGGCCAGAUCAGAACUUCCUUUACAUCCAAGAUCAAGCUAUUAUGGUGGCUAAGUCCUCUAAAACAUAUAAAGAUAGUUUUCCAGACUUAUGACCAUUGCAGCAUCCCCAGGGUCAGGUGAUCAAAAUUCAGAUGCUUGGCAAUUGACUCACAUUUACGAUGGUCGCAGUGUCUGGGGUGGGGUGUCACAUGGUCCCCUUUUGCGACCUUCUGACAAACAAAGUCCAUGCGGGAAGUCAGGUUCAUUUAACAACUGUGUUACUAAUUUGAAGACUGCACAAUUAUUUCCUUGGCAUUUUUAUCAGCUAAUUUCAGCUCUCUUCCUAGAGUCUCCUGCUCGAGCAAGGGGUUGGACUAGAAGACCUCCAAGGUCCCUUCCAGAUCUAUUCUGAUUCAAAUCCACAGGGGUGUUUGAGUAGAAGCUUCUAAGACUGUCUUGUAAGAAGGUGGCUCAUGGGUCAGAAAGUUUAGAUCGGGUCUUAGUUACACAGAAGAAUCCAUGACGUUUUAUUUUUAAGUAUAUAAGCAUUGGUGAUCAGAGUGUACCCUACUCCAGCACUGAAUCAGACUUAUUCUGAAGCAAGUGUGUUUAAAACAUCAGAGGCCGGACUCCAUUACUUCCAUCAGUUGCUUCCCUAAUAUUAUUUACAAAAAUAAUAAAAAUAAAAAUGGGCUUGUUAAAUGAAGACUCUCCUUCAGAAGUAGGAAAACAGGACAUUGAGGGCAACUUAGUCACUGUGGGUUGGCGGGGAUAAUGGGGUGUGGUGGUUGUGGUCCCAAGUGCCCCCUUCAGAUGGAAAACAUUCUAAAGGAUGAUCCUGUGAAGAGCCAUGAGCUAACAGCCAGCUCCACCAUUUCUCCUUAGAUCUAGCAGAUUCCAAUUCAGAUCCCUUGGCAUCAAAUGGCAAAGAGAUAAAGGACUGCAAGAAAUGUUUGAUCCUGGUGAGGUCUCCUCUGGAGGAAUCUGCUGAAGGAAUCCAGAUCUGAUCAGCACCUGCCUUGCCUAGCUGGGAUCCAGGCUGCUGGUCUCUAUGGAGGGAUUCAAGAAGGUUGUUGAAACCACACGGACUUGUGAAGAUCUGGGACCUCUUUCUCCUUGGGAUCAGAGUGGGUUAGUCUUUCGGUUCUUUCCGGCUGACCCUUGAGAUCCAGUUUGGAAACAUCUCAGAGCAAGGUUGGCGUGGCUGACUGGCCCUUCCAGGGUUUUUUUUGCCAUUGGGCUCCCUUGGGUUCGCCAGCAAAGCACAGAUCAUGAGAAAGUAAAGUCCAUGACCGUCAGCAGAGAACUUCAACUCCGUGGCUGUUUUUGGGGGCCCAUCACCGGGACCGAGGUUCCAUCAGCAAGGUCAGCCUUGUGAUUUCACAUCUCUGGAGGAACAGAGACCUGGAGAGGAAGGAUGGAGAAGGAACCCAGCACUCAAAUGAAGACCAAUGACAAAAAGAAAGGCAGAAAAAUCAAUCCAGGAAAAGAGAGCAAAGCUCAUGUCUGAAACAGGGGCUUCUUCAUUCCAGGUCCCUUAUGUUCUGAGUGACUUCCAAACCUCUCUUAGAUGAUGGUGAGACAGUCAACUCCCCAGCCGCAGAGUCUUUGCUGAUGGCAUGUGGGAAACCUUGACUCUGGGUAACCAACAAGUUCUUUUCUUACUCUUCACUAGCCCACCCCAGAUGCUUCUUCAUGGUUCAGCACCAUGAAGAAGGAAGAAAGAAUGACAAAGCUGCUGAAGAAACUCUAGUCAAGGCAGGGUUGUGCCGUGACCGAGCUGCCUCUUCCCCUCUUUUGGUCGACCAAGGGUAAGACCCCCCCUCUCGGUGUGGCCCUUCUCAAUGGCAGGCCAUCAGUGGGCCAUGACAUCAGCACUGUGCACCUAUAUGGCAGCUGUCUCUCUCCUCUACGUGAGCGAGGUCCAAGCCGACUGCUGGCUGAUUGAAGGAGAAAAGGGCUUUGUGUGGCUGGCCAUCUGUAGCCAGAACCAGCCCCCUUACGAGUCCAUUCCUCAGCAGAUCAACAGCACCAUUCUGGACUUGAGGCUGAAUGACAACAAGAUCAAGAGCGUCCAGUUCUCCUCCCUCAGCCGAUUCAGUAACCUCACAUACCUCAACUUGACCAAGAACGAGAUCUCGUAUAUCGAGGAUGGUGCCUUCUCAGGACAAUACAACCUGCAGGUGCUGCAGCUUGGCUAUAACCGCUUGAGGAAUCUGACGGAGGGGAUCCUCCGGGGCCUAGGGAAGCUGGAGUACCUCUACCUCCAGGCAAACCUCAUUGAGACCGUCACCCCCAAUGCCUUCGGGGAGUGCCCCAACAUAAUGAACAUUGACUUGUCCAUGAACAGGAUCCAACGGCUGGACAGUAGCACCUUCAGGGGCCUGAGUAAACUCUCUGUCUGCGAACUCUACAGCAACCCAUUCUAUUGCUCUUGCGAGCUCCUGGGCUUCCUUCAGUGGCUUGAGGGCUUCACCAACAUGACACGUACCUACGACCGCAUGCAGUGUGACUCUCCACCCGACUACUCUGGGUACUAUCUUCUUGGCCAAGGACGGAGCGGAUAUCGCAAUGCAUUGGGCAUGCUGUCUUCUCUUUGCACUGGUGGGCCCUACACCAUGCCACCUUAUUUGAUCCCACCCAAAAAACCAGUGACCACCUCUCCUCCAGAGAGCCCCUGUCCAGAGGAAGAGUGUUUCUCCGGAGAUGGCACCACACCCCAGAUCUCCUUGCACACCCCAGUGAUUGAUCCAGGUUUGUAUCCCACCAUGAAAGUCAAGCACGUGACCCAAAACUCAGCUGUGUUGAGUGUGCAGAUCCCUGUGCCAUACAGCAAGAUGUACACCCUGGCCCAAUUUGAGAACGGCCGAUAUAAUAUCCUGGCAAAGCUUCUGAAGAAGAAAGAAGACAUCGAGCUAACGGAUCUAGGCCCAAACGAAAAUUAUACCUAUUGUGUGAUGUCCUCCAAUCGAGUCUCAAGGUACAAUUACACCUGCCUCACCAUCAAUCUCAACAAGCAGAGCACCGAAGAGCCGAUACCCAGGCCUUCAACUGCCACCCACUACAUCAUGACAAUCUUGGGGUGCCUGUUUGGCAUGGUGAUUGUCCUAGGAGUUGUGUACUACUGCCUCCGGAAGAGGCGACACCAGGAAGAAAAGCACAAAAAAACAACAGUGAAUAUGAAGAAGACCAUCAUUGAGUUAAAGUACGGGCCAGAAAUGGAGACCACCAGCAUCUCCCAACUCUCCCAAGGUCAGAUGUUGGGUGGUGAGACCAUGACCCGCAUCCCUUACCUGCCUUCCGUGGGAGAAGUUGAGCAGUACAAGUUGAUUGACAGCAGCGAGACCCCCAAAGCCACAAAGGGCAACUACAUGGAAGUGCGGACAGGGGAACAGUCUGAGAGGAGAGAAUUGGAGCUACCCAGGCCUCAGGAUAGCCAGAGUUCCGUCGCGGAGAUCUCGACCAUCACGAAAGAGGUGGACAAGGUGAACCAGAUCAUCAACAACUGCAUCGAUGCCUUGAAAUCAGAAUCUACUUCCUUUCAAGGGGUAAAGUCAGGAGCGGUGUCCACCGCCGAGCCUCAGCUGGUGCUGCUGUCUGAACAAAUCCCUAGCAAGCAUAGCUUCCUAGCGCCUGUCUACAAGGAAAGCUAUAGCCACCCGCUCCAGAGGCACCACAGCAUUGAGGCUCCUCCUAAACGGUCCAGCACUUCUUCCAGUGGCUCCAUACGGAGCCCCAGGUCCUUCCGCUCUGAGGGCUCUGGCCACAAGUCAGAAGCCAAAUAUAUUGAGAAGACAUCUCCAACCACCGACACCAUUCUCACUGUGACACCAGCGGCAGCUGUCUUACGAGCCGAAGCCGAGAAGAUCCGGCAGUACAGCGAGCACCGACACUCUUAUCCAGGGUCCCAUCAGGGGGAACAACACGACAGCCUGGGGACACGAAAGCCCUCCAUCUUGGAACCUUUGACCAGGCCUCGCCCCAGAGACUUGGCCUACUCGCAGCUCUCUCCACAGUACCAUAACUUAAGCUACACCUCCAGCCCCGAAUACACUUGUAAACCCUCCAGGAGCAUCUGGGAGCGUUUCAAACUGAACCACAAGCGCCACAAAGAGGAGGAGGAAUAUAUGGCGGCCGGCCACGCUCUGCGCAAAAAGGUCCAGUUUGCCAAAGAUGAAGACCUCCACGACAUCUUAGAUUAUUGGAAAGGGGUUUCCGCCCAGCACAAGUCUUGAGUUCUCCACCGGCUCGUGACUUAACCACGGACCAAAAAAAAACAAAAAACAGAAACAAAAAUCAGCAGCAGCUAUUAUUUUUAAUCCAGACUUGUCUUUAAAAGAAAGAGGAAAAAAAAAAAAGAACUGAGGAACCUAUAACUAUUCUAGAGCAGGCUGAGGAGAGAACGAGUGCUAUUCGGAAUUACGGUCUUGCUGAGGUGGGCUUUAGAAAGGAGAGAGGGGCGAGGAAACGAGAGUAGUGAAAGGAAAGAUGCUUAAACAUUAAAAUAAACUGUGGGGUGGGGGAAAAAACCAAAUUCUUUUCUUUAAACACACACACACACACACACACACAAACACACACACACACACACACACACACACACACGAGUAAAAUUGAAUUUUAAGAGAGAAAGAAGUGCAAACAUUUUAAGAGAGCCAGACAGAAAAUGAAAGGAGUGUGGCGUAACCACCACCGCAUCGCAUGGCUCCUUAUUCUGUGAAUUUUGUGGACUCUGUACAGCUUUGUCUUCAUCCUUUCAGUAACCAAAAUGUAAAACAGCUGAACAAAAGAGAGCAAUUAGAAAAGUUAGCAGGAGGGUCUUUUUUCAUUUGUGGUUAAAAAAGAGAGAGAGAGAGAGAGAGAGAGAGAGAGAGAGAGAGAAAGAAAGAAAGAUAAUCCUUUGGGCCUUUUGCAAAUGGAGUCUUCCAGUUUAGACUAUUACUCGCCUGAAGUCCCAUUUGUGCAAAUUUUUUUAGAAUUUUAUUUUUUUGGUGAAAGGAUCUGUCGCAACGUUGCAUUGUAAAACUGUCCUAUUGUACAGAGAGAAAAGAAAUUCUAUAUUUGCUGUAUAAUGAGAGAGAGAAAGAGAGAGAGAGAGAAAGAGGAGAAAGAGAAAAAAUUACAUCUACUAAAAGAAAUAUAUCUAUAUAUUCACCUGUUUGUACCAGGUUUUAAUCAUGGAUUUUAGAAAAAAGAAAAAAAAAGCCUCUAUCACUGGG